AUGUCGGACAAAAAGAAUCCAGGUAUAGCAGUCACUUUCUCACUCGUCGCUGGUGAACCAGGGGAUAUAGUAGAGCGCGCAGCCUUCUGGGACGCUCCUUCCACCGUGCAAUGGUUUCGCGACCAAGGCUACAUUUUAUAUCAACGAGGGGAACCCGAAGUCGAUGAUUUACCUUCCCCGUACACAUUUCCACCCCAUUCGCCGACACAGGCAUCCAUUGCUGAUUACCCAUAUCCUCACUAUGAUCUGAGCCACACCCUUUGCUCUAGAGAACCCAAGGGAAAAGUAGUCUUCGCACUGAACUCGCUCAACCAACAUGUAGCAAUCAAGCUGGUCAAGGCUGAUACCGACGAACUAACAAUUCUACAGUUUUUAAAAAUGUUAGAUUUAAAUGUGCUCAGAGACAAUUGCGUUAUUCCUGUCCUCGAUAUCUUACCUAUUGAAGGAUUCUCCUUUGUCGUAAUGCCCAGAUUCUUCAAUCAGAUGGGGGAUAGACGCGCCCUUCCCAAGUCCAGAGACAUUACGCGAGCUGCUAACUUGGAUUCACUCUCAAAUCAAAGUAUGUACCAUAUGGCGCAAGAAACCAACUUUCUCAAGGCAGUGAACUUCCUGCACGAACACAAUAUAACCCAUAGAGAUAUUAAACUAAGCAACUUUUUAGUAAACCACUGCGUUCAUGACGACUACACAAUAGAAUCGACACACAGAAAAGAAUUACGCUCCCAAAAUCGCCUGUUAUACGCCAUUUUCGACUUCGACCACUCGAUCAAGUUGCCACCUGGCGUCGAUAGGUCUCAAUUCCGCCUUCCAUAUAAAAAAUCAUGGGGCACAUUCAAUGUCGUCAAUGACACUGCGCAAGGAGAGCCUGAUUUCAAUCCGUUUGUCUUCGAUGUUGCUGAACUCGAUCAAGAGAUACUACUAGAGCGCGAUGUAGCAUGGCAUAUACCAUACGAUACAUAUGAUCGUUGGGAGAAUCUCCCCCCAGAGUUCAUACGCCAAUGGGAGCAUUAUCGGGAGCCCCCCCUACGUUGGACAACGACUUUGCUACGUAAAAUCUGUCUCCAGCCUUGGGGCUGGCACACUGUUCCUCAAAUCCGUCGUUUACUGGCAUGCAUUUCUUCACCGUUUCGCCAUAAGCAAUAA